CUGUUUCUGUUACAUUUGGUUCAAUUCGACAAUUGUUCCGAGGUGUGCGCGCGUGUUUGUAUAUACACAAUUGCACACUGACUGAUAAUAGAUUGAAUGCCAAUGUAAGCGCUAUUCUUUCUCUGUUUCACACUUUUUUUUAUGGUCUAUUAAUUUUAUUAUGAGGAUCGCUUCAUACGAUUUGGUUGUAAAGAAAGAUUUCAAAGUGUUUCAAUGCAAAUAUCGUUGCUUAGCUAGUCGGUUGCGCCAUUGGAGCGAUUAUACGUUGCUUUUUUUUCUUUCUCAUCGUUUUUUUCUUCACUAAUUACAUUAAAUUGAUUGGAUUAUCAUCGGUGCAUACAAAUUGUGGUGUUUUUUUUUUCUUCUUUUACUAAUUUUGUUUUAAAGCGCCUGUUGCGACAAAACCCAUUAUCGUUGCUCGAUUUUAGUUCAUUUUAUCGAAAUUUAAAUGACAAUUAACAAGUGAUUCGCGCUAAGAAAAUGCUGAAAACGCUGUGGUGGUGUUCGCUGAUUUCAGCAAUUGUCGUGUGUGCACAAAAGAGCGGCUCUGUCGAGAUUGGUGAUGAUCAUGCUUUAGGUCUACUUUUACCCAAAGCAGUUAAAGAUUCGUCAGCAUUUUUCUAUCCUGCACCUCCUGCACCUGCUGCACCUGCUGCAGCUGCUGUAGCUGUCCCACGUGCUGCUACUGCAUCUACUCCUACUUCACCUGAUACUACCCAAGCUGAGCUCGUUUCAUCGUCCAGUCCGGCAACUGAUGCUCCACCAAAUGCUCCAACUCAUAAUUCACCUAGUUCUCUACCACCCACAUCCACUCCUAUUCAAGAUUCCACCAGUGGAGCCACUGAAAGUGUGACCGUUGCGUCGUUUGUAGACAAGGAGCCAUCAUCUGAGCCUCCUGCAGGAAAUCCUUCGUCAAAUAAUGGUGUUUCGUUCAAUAAUAAUAGUUCGCCCGAACCAUUCUCUCAGGAAAUGAUGCUCGAUAUUCUAAAGAAAUACAACACAUUGGCGACAAAGGAGUGCAAUGCUGUCACUGCAGCCAGUUGGAAUGCCGCUACGGAUGUUGGCAACAAAGAAAAAGAAGCAAAAAAGAUCGUGGCCAUAGGUAAAAGAGCUGCAUUUAUUAAAGAAUGGUACGAAGCACAGUGGAAAGAUGCAAAUAUGUCCUUGUACAAGGAUCGGUACGUCAAGCGGCAAUUGUAUUUCUUGAAACAAUUGGGACAGGCUGUUUUACCACCAACUAAAUUAGACUUCCUCACAGGGACAAUUAGCUCUAUGACAACAAACUAUAAUACGGCAACGGUGUGUCCGUAUUCAAAUCAAUUGUGCGAAAGUAAUGACACAAAUCGCUUAGCUCUUGAUCCAGAAAUUUCCAAUCGUUUUGCUAUAUCUAGAGACUACGACGAAUUGAAGUAUUUGUGGGUGUCAUGGCACAAUGAAUCUGGGCGAAAAAUAAGAUCGGCUUAUACAGAUUAUGUGGGCAUGAUGAAUGAAGUGGCGAAAGGAAACGGUUUCAACGACGCAGCCGAAUACUGGAAAAACGAUUUCGAGGAUCCCGACUUCGAACAGCACAUAGAUGAUUUGUGGCUGAAAGUGAAAUCACUCUACGAUGAACUGCAUACCUAUAUGCGAUACAAAUUGCUUGGAAUUUAUGGUAUAAAAAUGAACCGAUCUGAACAGAACAUACCCGCACAUUUGCUGGGCAAUAUGUGGGCACAAAGCUGGGAUAAUCUGUACGAAGAUACAAAACCAUAUAAACGUGGUGCUGCGAUGGAUGUCACGCAAAAAAUGAAGGAACUCAAUUAUGAUGCAUUUAAAAUGUUUGAAAUAGCAAAUGAUUUCUACAUGAGCAUGGGCCUACCGUCGAACAAAAUGAGCUACACUGGCAAAUCGGUUAUCAUAAAACCAGCCAAUGUUACAAUUCAAUGCCAUGCAUCUGCUUGGGAUUUUUGUGACGCCAAAGAUUUUCGCAUCAAAAUGUGCACAUACGUCAAUCAAGAAGAUUUGAUCACUAUUCAUCAUGAGAUGGGACACAUCCAGUAUUAUAUUCAAUACAAAGACCAACCCGAUACAUUCCAUAGGGGCGCAAAUCCUGGUUUUCAUGAAGCAAUUGGAGACACAAUAGCACUAUCCACGGCUAAUCCGUAUCAUUUGUCGAAAAUUGGUCUGAUUGACCAGUUUACCUCCAUGCAUGAAAACGAUAUCAAUGGAUUGUACAUGGAAGCACUGAAAAGAAUCGCAUUUUUGCCGUUCGGUUUGUUGAUUGAUAAAUGGCGUUGGAAUGUAUUCAGUGGCAAAACUCCAAAUGCCAGAUGGAACGAAGAAUGGUGGGCACUGCGAAAACAAUACCAAAAAGUUAUACCACCAGUUGAAAGAAGUGAAAUGGAUUUCGAUCCGGGUGCGAAAUUCCAUGUGCCAGCAAAUUCAAAAUACAUUUCGUAUUUCAUAUCGCACAUACUGGAAUUCCAGUUUUACAGGGCGCUCUGCAUCGAAGCCGGCCAAUUCAAUCCCAAAGAUCCGACCAUACCAUUGCAUCGCUGUGACUUCUAUAAUUCGACGGAUGCUGGAAAAAAAUUAGCCGCUGGCCUUAAGGUCGGUGCAAGUCAACAUUGGUCAGAAGUAUUGGAAAUUAUUACCGGUGAAAAGGAGAUCUCGGCCGAUGCCAUCCUUGAGUAUUUCAAGCCGUUGCGGGAAGUGCUAGCGAAAGAAAUCGAAAAAAUGCGCAAGGAGGAUAUAGUGCGUCAAAAGUUGGAGAAGUACAACACAGAAUACCUUCCUUAUUGCCAAACUUUGAGAAGUGCCGACUGGAACCGAACGACAGAUUUGGAUGAUCCACAAAAAGAAGAAAUCUAUGUAAAAGCGGUUGCUGCUAAUGCGGCAUUCGUCAAAAAUAGCUAUGAAUCGGCUUUCCGUGUAUACACAAAUGAAACAUUCCCCGAUGAGAAAAUUAAUCGACAAAUUAGAUUUAUGGGAGACCUCGGAACGAACGCAUUGAAUGAAUCAAAAGUAUCUGAAUUCACUGGUUACGUCAAUGAAAUGAUCAAAAUCUAUAAUUCUGUCACAUUCUGUCCGUUCAAAAAUCAAAACUGUACCGAAGAUCAACGCAUGUCUUUAGACCCAGAAAUCACUAAAGUUAUGGCCACAUCAACUGACGCCGCUGAGCUUCAGUACACAUGGGAAAAAUGGCAUAAUGAGACCGGACUAAAAAUGAAAUCAGUGUUUAAAUCAUACAUUGAACUCAAUAACGAAGCCGCUAAAUUGAAUGGAUAUCAUGAUGCCGGUGAAAUGUGGCGUGCCAAGUACGAAGAUCCCAAUCUUGUUGACAAUUUGAAUGCAAUUUGGAAAAAAGUUGAACCGCUCUAUCUCCAAUUGCAUACAUAUACGAAGAAUAAACUAAACAAAUUGUAUGGUGAUAAAAUAGUUGAUCCAAAGAAUGAAAAUAUUCCCGGUCAUUUAUUGGGCAAUAUGUGGGCACAAACGUGGGAAAAUUUAUAUGAACGAAUCAAACCAUUCAAUGGAAGUGAUUUCGAUAUCACGGCUGCGUUGCAACGUAAAAAUUAUACCGCCUUCAGAAUAUUCCAAGAAGCAAAUCGAUUUUAUCAAAAUCUUAGUCUUCCAUCCAACGAAAUGAGCUACACCGGACAAUCAAUUAUCGAAAAGCCAAAAGAUCGACUCAUCGUUUGUCAUGCGUCCGCAUGGGAUAUGUGUGAUGGGAAAGAUUUUCGCAUCAAGCAGUGCACCGUUGCAGAUCAGAAAAAUUUCAUUACCGCUCACCAUGAAAUGGGUCACAUUCAGUAUUAUAUUUUGUACAAAGAUCAACCGCUUAUAUUCCGUGAAGGUGCUAACCCCGGAUUUCACGAAGCAAUCGGCGAUGUGAUGGCUCUCAGUGUGUCAACACCAAACCACUUGCACAAGAUUUAUCUAUUGGAUGAAUUCAAAGACUCGAGAGAAGACAAUUUGAAUUCUUUAUUCAAAAUGGCGUUAGAUAGAAUUGCAUUCUUACCCUUUGGACUAUUGAUUGAUGUAUACCGCUGGGAUUUAUUCGCUGGUAAUGUGAAAAAUAACGAAUGGAAUAUGCAUUGGGAAAAUUUGAGACGGAAGUAUCAAAGAGUAGACUCACCGGUGCCACGAGAUCGAAUUCACUUCGAUGCUGGUGCAAAGUUCCAUGUUUCAUCGAAUUAUCCCUACGUCGCAUAUUUUGUAUCACAUAUACUAGAAUUCCAAAUUUUUAGAUCGCUUUGCAUUGAGGCUAAACAGUAUGAUCCGAAAAAUUCGACGUUGAAACCGUUACACAAAUGUGACAUUGAUGGUUCGGCAGCGGCCGGUCAACGUUUACGCGACGGUCUUUCAUUAGGCAAUAGCAAACAUUGGACGGAAGUAUUGCGAGUGAUAACCAACGGUGAAACCGAACUCAGUGCUAAUGCUAUCCUCGAAUAUUUCCAGCCAUUACAAGAAUUCCUUGAAGAAGCAAACAAUCCAUCGAUUGGCAAGGGUGACAAGAGCACGAAGCUUCCAUGGAUUUUAGGUGGAUUUAUUUUAUUGGUUGCCGUCGUUGCAUUAAUAGCAUAUGCAAUUUACUACUACAAUCGAAAAUAGUCAGUUCAGUUCUAUUCAUUUUACCAUUACCAUCGUUCGUAAAUGCGUUGUCAUUUAGAAAGAAAUUAAUUUAUUAGAAUUGUAUAUAUACGGAAUGUUAUUCUAUGGAUAAAACAAAAAUAAAGUCACGCAUUUAAUAGUCAAA